UCUGUCUCUCCUGGCAAGAUGGCGGAUUUGGAGGCAGUGCUGGCUGAUGUGAGCUAUUUAAUGGCGAUGGAGAAAAGCAAAUCGACUCCAGCUGCCAGAGCCAGCAAGAAAAUUGUACUUCCAGAGCCCAGUAUACGCAGUGUUAUGCAAAAAUACUUGGAGGAAAGAGAUGAACUGACUUUUGAGAAGAUCUUCAACCAGAAAAUUGGGUUCUUGCUGUUUAAAGAUUUUUGCCUGAAUGAAAUCGAUGAAGCUGUUCCCCAGUUGAAGUUUUAUGAAGAGAUAAAGGACUAUGAAAAGUUGGACUCUGAAGAAGAUCGUUUAUGUAGAAGUCGACAAAUCUAUGAUAAAUAUAUAAUGAAAGAAUUGUUGUCCUGUUCACAUCCUUUCUCCAAACGAGCAGUGGAUCAUGUGCAAACCCAUUUGGCUAAGAAGCAGUUGCCACCCAGUCUCUUCCAGCCAUACAUUGAAGAGAUCUGUGACAGUCUACGAGGAAAGAUUUUUCAGAAAUUUAUAGAGAGUGACAGAUUCACUCGUUUCUGCCAAUGGAAGAACGUAGAAUUAAAUAUCCAUCUAACUAUGAAUGACUUCAGUGUACAUCGAAUAAUUGGACGGGGAGGAUUCGGAGAGGUAUAUGGAUGCAGGAAAGCUGAUACUGGAAAAAUGUAUGCCAUGAAGUGCUUAGAUAAAAAGCGAAUCAAAAUGAAGCAGGGAGAAACAUUAGCACUUAAUGAACGGAUUAUGUUGUCACUGGUCAGCACUGGGGAUUGUCCUUUUAUCGUCUGUAUGACCUAUGCUUUCCAUACACCAGACAAGUUGUGCUUUAUUCUUGACCUGAUGAAUGGUGGAGAUUUGCAUUACCAUCUUUCACAGCAUGGAGUGUUCUCGGAGAAGGAGAUGAGGUUCUAUGCUGCUGAGAUUAUGCUGGGCCUAGAACACAUGCACAAUCGAUUUGUAGUGUACAGAGACUUGAAGCCUGCAAAUAUCCUACUGGAUGAACAUGGUCACGUGAGAAUAUCAGAUCUUGGGCUUGCCUGCGAUUUCUCUAAAAAGAAGCCCCAUGCCAGCGUUGGGACACAUGGAUACAUGGCUCCAGAGGUGUUACAAAAAGGUACAGCAUACGACAGUAGUGCAGAUUGGUUCUCUUUGGGCUGCAUGCUCUUCAAAUUACUUCGAGGACACAGUCCUUUCCGGCAGCACAAGACGAAAGACAAGCAUGAGAUUGACCGCAUGACACUCACAAUGAAUGUGGAAUUGCCCGAUACUUUCUCUGUGGAGUUAAAGUCUCUUUUGGAAGGUUUGUUACAGCGUGAUGUUGCCAAGAGACUGGGAUGCCUAGGACGAGGUGCUGUGGAAGUGAAAGAACAUCCGUUUUUUAAAGGGAUUGAUUGGCAACAAGUCUACUUGCAGAAGUACCUGCCUCCACUUAUUCCUCCCCGGGGAGAGGUGAAUGCAGCUGAUGCGUUUGACAUAGGAUCAUUUGAUGAAGAAGAUACAAAGGGCAUCAAGCUGUUGGAUAGCGAUCAGGAGCUCUAUAAAAACUUUCCUCUGGUGAUAUCGGAACGUUGGCAACAGGAGGUCGCAGAAACAGUGUAUGAAGCGGUCAAUAGUGACACUGAUAAAAACGAGAUGAGAAAGAGAGCCAAGAAUAAGAUGCUUGGUCAUGAAGAAGAUUAUGCUCUGGGGAAAGACUGCAUCAUGCACGGUUAUAUGCUGAAAUUAGGAAACCCCUUCUUGACACAGUGGCAACGUCGUUACUUCUACCUCUUUCCAAAUCGGCUGGAAUGGAGAGGAGAGGGCGAGUCACGGCAAAGUUUGUUGACAAUGGAGCAGAUAGUGUCAGUGGAAGAGACUCAGAUUAAAGAUAAGAAAUGUAUCCUCCUGCGGAUUAAGGGAGGAAAACAAUUCGUGUUGCAGUGUGAGAGUGAUCCAGAGUUUAUUCAAUGGAAGAAAGAAUUAACGGAAGCCUUCAAUGAGGCUCAGAGGGUCCUGCGGAGAGCCCCUAAGGUGCUGAACAAGUCACGUUCAGCAGUGGUAGAGCUGACCAAACCCCCUCUCAGCCACAGGAACAGCAACGGGCUUUAGAAGAGAGCACUUGCGUGUGAGUGGGGGAACAGAAACAAGAGACCUGAGGAUGGUUUUGUGCAACUACUUCUAUAUCACCUCGUACGUGGUCCAGCGUGUUGUUAUUAGUUAAUUAUAUGAUCCCACAAAACAGGGUAUAUAUAUAUGUAUAGAUAUCUGUAUAUCUAUAUCUAUAUAUAUGCAUACGUGUAUGUAUAUAUGAAUGUAAGACUUUCAGAGCAGUUUGGCUGUUUAUUUUCUAUUGGAAGUAUUGAUGAACGAGUGUAGCACCUGUUAACUGCAACCACAGUGAUCGCUGUGGUUAAUGAGCCAACUCCACAGGAAUGGACUGGAGGAUGUUGCCAAAUAAUUUUGGAGAAUUUAUUUUGUCAUGCGUCAUUGCGCCCUGGUGGUGUUCUUUGCUUCAUAUCGGAGGGUCGAAGGAACUUUCACGUACAAAGCAAGUGGUUGACUGGACGUGCGUUUCAGUCACUGAUUCGCUCAACUUUAAUUUGCUCCUGGACUCCAGCAUAUCACAAAGGACAUUGACACAUAUCGGUGGUCCAUCCGUCCGUCAACAUGGUUCCUCUGCUAUCAAAAUGUAAUUUGGUGGCACGUUCUGUCACCAUUGCGGCGUGUGCCAAUCAUCAUCAUCACCUGUCCUGGGUUUCAAACUUAGUGUCUUGCCUCAUAUCUCUACCAGCUACUUCUUUUCAUGUGUGCCCAAUAUUGGGUGACUGUAGACAUCAUUUGGAAGACGGAUUAUUUUAUCUCCAUGGUAACCAGGUGCCAAUUCAUUUCUUGGUUUCCAGAGCAGUUACAUUUGAUCCUAGUUACACAGACUGUGAAAAACAAUGGUGCGUUGGUGCUUAAUUCCCUCCACCCUGUCUCAUAUCCCUGCUGAUUGUAACGUUUCUAUGAAAGCCAAGAGAAUGAUUGCGACCACACUGGAUUACCAGAUUUCCAAUGUGUUAAUACCGCUAUCUCUCAGCAGUUGUUAAGUUUUCAUGGCUACUUGGAUGUUGCUUUGUGGCCUGUUUUAUUAAUAGGAUUUCACAGGUUGCUAGGUGACAACACUGUCACACUUCAUUGUCAAGUUUCCAUGGAUAACGAAUGACAAUAUAUGGCUCAGUGUGUUUUGCUAAGUGUCUAUGGUUGCAGGAUAUAUAACUGUAGUUACUGAUUCAUGCCCUAUUCUGCUUCUGUGAUGCCUGGUUCCAGCCAUAGACUAUUCUGCUACUGUUGGGCAGUUUUCAGUUACUGUACAUAAUUGGAUGCUGAUCUAUGAUUUAGUUUGUUCCUGGCUUCCCUCAACACAAAUAUUGAUCCAGAAUGACCGGAUUCCAUUCCAUCAUUAACUACUUAUCCUAGUUUGAAGGAUUUUGAAAUUAUUGUGUUGAUGGGAUAUCAACCCACAAUCCAUCCCAAAUCCUUUACUUCAGUGCAAUAAAAAUAUUUAGGAAUCCCUGCAUUCUACAACACUUCUGAUCCACAUAGCACAUAAUUUGUUUGUAAAGUCUUUGCCCCGUUCCCACCAUGAAGUGCAAAGUGCCAAUGGACUUUACAAAUUAACGAAGAUUUAAAACAAUGAUUUAAGAGAGAGUGAAAUAUUUAUCAUAGAUAUUACUGUGCAAGUGUACAUAUGUUUAAAAAAACUAAUAUACCAAGAAUUCAUGAUAACAAUGAGAAAAUCUUAAAAUGGUGAUUACGUAGCAUGAGUUGCUUUAUCAACAUGUCUUCUAUGAACAGUGACAAUGUAUUAUUACAUCUUAUUAAUUGAUCAGUUGCAACAAGGGUCAGCUAUUAAUCCGAAUUUAGGGAGCAACAUCAAGUCUUUUUUGUUGUAUUUUGUUUUAGUUACAGUACCACUAAAAUGUUUAAACCUCAUAUUUUGACUGUAAAAAAUACAACAGUGGUGUGUAUAGUAUUUUCUGGUUAUAUUUGCUUUUUGGACUACUACAUUUAGUGCGUACUGAAAAAUAAUAACAACGAGGACAGGAUUUGGCUCAAAAUGUACCACAACUACUGCCAUGGCUUACUGCUUCAAUAGACGGGAGGCUCAGAGAACAGAAAACAUGAGAGGACUGAGACCUGAACAGAUUGAGAUCUUAAUAAGGAGUUCACUUGCUACAUCAAAUGAUGCCAUUGGCUUCUUCUUUAAACCAAUGUUGGAUAUUUGUCAGAAGGGCUCAAGGUUGAAUCCAGAGAGGGGUUUAGGUGCCAGUUGUGAGUUUAACUAAUUGGUCGGUUGAUGCUGAAAAUGUAAAGUGAAAUCUGGUAAACAUUUCUCACCCUUCAGAAAUCUGCUUCUUCCCUAUUUUAUCUUCCUGUUUUCUUGUUUCCUCUUUUCUCUCUCCCAGCCGCCCAUCUCCCAUAUCCCUCAAAUAGGCACACACCGGUUUACUCUGCUCCUCAGUGUCACUCAAUGUUGAAACAGCAUUAGUGCUCAUUUCCUCAGACAGAUGAUAGUUUUAUUUUGCUCAUAAAUUGAAAAUACUUUUAAGACUUUUGUAAUAUCAUUACCUUUGAACAUUAUGAAGAGGAUACUGAUGUUAAUAAUUUCUUUCUUAAAAAGAGAUAUACACAUGUUCAAUCUUACCAUGUCUCCUUACAUAAAAAAGCAUGCAAAUACAAAAUAAUGUCAACUGAUUCAACCUAUUAGUUUUACAAUUCAACUAUCCCCUAAUUUUACAUUGUUGUAGGAGCUGUAUUUGAUAAUGCACUUUAAAUUUCAUAGUUCUAUUUUUUGUUCAGAAAUUUUUAAUCUAUUCAGAAUAUUAAGCAUUAUCAAAGGUAUAGUGGAGGAAAGUUGUGUUGAUAUAGAUGAUUAGCCAUGAUCUUGAUUGGCAGAGCAGGAAAGAGGAGUCAGAUGUCUUUGAGUUUAUGAAAUAACUCCUUAAAGUCCUAUCCUUUAAUCUAUUUUCCCAGUUCACCAUAGCCAAAUCCAUCUUGUGCCAUUCUAACUGCCCUUAUUUAAGCUUAGGACAGUAGUUUGAGACCCAAGUAGUUUCACCUUCAAACUGAAUUUAUAGUUUCACUGUGCUAUGUUAAUUCUUUUAUUUGGGAUCCUUUACUGUGAGGUUAUUAAUUAAGUAAUCCAGUUGUGUUACAGAAUAAUACAUCUGAAGUUACCUAAACCCUGGUUCCUCAACGUAUUGCUCUGAGAAGCCAUCUUGAAUAAACUCAAUGAACUCAACUUCAAGGCUACUCCUGACAAUUUUAAUUUGUCCAACCCAUUCUUUUUACAGAAUCUUCUUAAAAGCCCCCAUUAUUUCUUAAUUUAUAUUCUGUCCUACAAAACAGCUACUGUUAAAGAGACUGCUUCUACACUUGGCAAUAACUUCUUCCCCUUACUGUAUCUUAUCAACAUCAAUAUUGAUUGUGCACCAUAUCCUUCUGAGACAAUUUCAUUUUCAACAGUUGCCCUGAUAUUAUGUUUUAUUAACUGAGGCAUCCAAUCCCUUUUCCUUGUUAUAUGAACUUCAAAGAUGCCAAAUAUUUCUGUAUAUUCAUUUCCAAGCUUUGAUUGCUUUUCAACCACCUCAGUAAGGAUGCAUAUCCAUAUAUUUACUGUAUAUUUAUGCAGUAAACUCAUCUAUCUUGUUUCCAAAGCUGCAUGCAUUUAGAUAAAGAGUAUUUAAUUUUACCUUAUCAUUUAUCCUCAUGAUGCUGCACUAAUCCUCAUAUCUCUGUUCCAGUGCAACCCAAAAAUAAUUGUCAGCAACCUGAAGCCCUUUCUCCUGCACCACCUCAACAGCUACACAUUCUUCUGCAGUAUUUUUCUCUUUCUGUACUCAAUAACAUGCUGGAUGAUAGUAAGAUUACUAUUUUGAAGUCCUGCCUUUUGACCUCCAUUCAUGUUCCCUGAACUUUACCUGUAGGACCACCAUCCCUCUUCCUCCGUUGUCAACUGACCAUGAUACGGUGAGGUUCAUACAAUAAAUGUGUUAAUCAAAUAUUAAUAAUUCACAGUGCAAGUAUUAUGUGUUAAAUAUAUGACCAACAGGAGGUUGAAAAAUAAUCUCAGAACAUCAGAGGUGGUAAAAUUGCAUUUUGGGCAUUCAGUUCCCCCGUUGGAGGUCACAUACAGCUGGUUUUGUGACGAAUUCCAUGCAUAUAUUUAAAAAAUCCAUCCCUCCAGAGUCAUUCCACAAGUGUGCUCAAAAGUGGUGGCCAAAGAAAGGAAAGAAGUUAAAGCCAAAUGCAUGCAGGUAAAUAGUGUGUGAGAGUAUAAAUGAAACCUGCAAAAUAGUUUGUGAGGCAGCUGUUAAAAGAUGCUUUAUGAAAGAUUUCUAAGGUAAGAUUUGUGAAGUUAAGGAACUUCAGUUAAUGGCAGAAGUACAAAAACUAACCUUUUCUAGUCAGUAGAAGAACUUAAGAGACAUCUGUAAAUUGAAAAUAUCCUUAAACUAGGGCAGUGGAAAGAUAGACUAUGCCAUUAAAUGUAACUAUUAAAACUGUUAUAAUUCCUUAGUAUCUCCUAAUAAUUAUGCAAGCUUAGGUAUGUUUUCUGAGAUGUUUUGAAACCAAUUGCAUCCUGCUCAAAUGACCAACUAUUGUGUUCUGUCUAACCCACUUACAUUUUAUUUAUACAGUAUUCUUACUGAUUUUUAUCUUCUGAAUGUGCCCUCACAAGGCACAAUACUGACAGUGCAUAAGUAUGAACGUUCUCAAACACUGCCAAUAAAUUUUCAGUUAAUGAAGUCUCGUUUAACCUGUAUUUAAAUUUAAGCUAAAGGCGCUUAAAAACAAAUGGAAAUCACUGCCUACAGUGAUUUCUAUUUAUUUUCCCAGCCGUAAUGGAGUUGGCCCUGAUAUUCCUUUACUGCUUUAUCCAUAUUGAUCCUCCUCCUAUCAUAUUUUAAAUAUUUUUUACUUCAAGAUUUCAUUGAUUUCCAAUAAUUGGUCAUUAUCGCUGAUCCAAAUCUUCUUGAAAGAGAACUUUUUCAAAUUUUAGAUGUUAUGCCUAUAAUUUUCAAUAACAAACAUUCUUAGUCAUUUUGUGACUAAUAAGUAGAUGUAAAUGUUAUUUAGCUAUUUUUAUAAUUUAAUAUCUUUUAAUAUAUAUUUCCACUUUUAAGUGGAUUUGUUUUGAUAUCACUGUCCGGGUAGUUUAGGUGAAAUGAUUAGGUACAGCUGCAGGGAGGUCAGAAUUUCCAGUGAUAUCAGACUCUGGUCCUGCUGAUCCAUUAUCUGAAUUUGUUCAUUGAGUUAGUACUGCUUAACUAAUUGUGAAAUUUGAUGACAUGAGGGGAGAAAUGUUGUUGAGGGAGUGGAAAUACCAUGUGUGAAAAUGGCAGUUUUAUAAAUAUUAUUUGAAAUUGCAAAAAAAUUACAGAUAAUUAAAAAGUACUUUAUGUGGGCAUGUUUCCUCCUCUCUUACAGGAUAUAGCACCUGUUGUUUUGUUAUCUGCUGAAGUACUCUGGGCCUUAGCCGCCAUACCAAAAUCUAUUGGCCAGUUUACUGAAGAAAACAUUUUUAAAGUUUGUCCACUAAAAUUGAUGAGUACAUUUAAGAGUCAUGGUAGGAAAGAAAAGUAGCACAUUUCAUGUUGAAGGAUACAAGUGUCACCUGGGUGGAAUCCACCAAUUUGUCAGAAAAUUAUUAUUUGGGUCUCCUCUUCCCAAGUGAUUACUGCAAUCCUUUUUAAUGAAGGGGAAUUAACCAUAUCAUCUUCACAUUCUAACCUCAAUCCCAAAGAACAUAUACUCUACUUCCUAGAAAGAAAACCAAGUUACCUUCAAGCCACAAUCUAAUCGUUUUGGGAUCCACAGCCGCCUGCUUUACCUUACUCACCAGCUAUCAGUGACCUACCUUGUUAAUGCUGUACGUGGAGUUAUGCUGUUCAGAUUACCCUGCUGCUAUACUUGCUAUUAUUCUGCAAGCUGGGACACCUAUGUUUAAAUUAUAAUUUUAAAAUAAGUGGUCAAACCUGAGAUAAAUUUACUAUAAACUACGAUUUAGGAAAUGGAUAUCAAAUGAAGAGAAGAUUGCCAUUGCUGAAAUACUGGAAUUAAUAAACAGUUUAGUCAGCAACUGUAAACUCAAUAUGUAGGUUACGGUUUGUGAGAUAAGUUUACCAUCAGUUCAGAGCAUUAACAUUAAAGAAGAUUCAGUGCAAAUAUACAGUAAAAUGAUAAUAUUCUGUUUCCCCGCACCGUUAAAAUUCAUAAAGGAUGUAAUUUCAAAGCUUUAUCAUUAGUCUUUGAGUUCUGAAAUGCAAUAAUCCCACUGGCUGCCAUGCAGAUUGUUCUAAUUCCUCAACAAUCUGAGUGACAUACACUUUUGAAUAAUCAUUCAAAUUUCAAAACUACUCAUACUUAUCUUACUUCUAUUUACUGAUAAAUAAAGCUGGAUAAAUAAAGAAUUUGUAAAAAUCAAACUUAUCUAUGGAAUCCUCAGAAAAUGUAGCUCUUCCUGUUGUACAUUUCAUUUGGUUGCCUUGCAUCCUGUCAAUACUUCUCACAGGUUGGCAAAUGUACAUGCAUGCUUAUUAUUAUCACAUGUACUGAGAUACAAUGAAUUCCAAAUGUUGGUGAGGAAAAUUCUGUGGAAGUAGUCUGAAAGGCAAUGUGGGAGUUAACAGAAUCAAAAUGCGAGGAAAAAUAACCAGCCAUCUGUUCCUUCAGUGGUAUUUCUGAAGGUUUUAAAUCUGUGAUUUAGCCAAAUGAGCUCUCCUUCAAUUUGCACUAAGUCAAUUACAAGUUUUGAUUCUUUAAAAAAGGAGCCAAAAGUUAGUCUGGAAUAAUUUUCACUCACAGGCAUAGCAAGUGGAUGCUAACUCCAAACAAGUAAGCAUUUAUGAGAUACAUCUCUGAGUAAGUGCUUCCCUUCUCCAUGUUUACUCCUUCUGAUCAUAUAAUACUCCUUAUUCAUGUAGAUCUGCCAUGCACAACUACUUCGUCACCCUGCAGGCAGGCAAUAUAACAGUAAUCAAGUGACAAUCCUGGAAAGUUUGAUAAACCAAUCACUGAGUCUACGGAAGUGUGAGGGUCCUUUAGUAAAAGUCAAUUUUUAAUUAUGUUCUUUGUGAAAUUCAUAUUUUUGGGCCUCUAUAAUGAAGCAAUGAUUUAUGGCACCAGUUUGUGGUAAAUUUUGUGCUUUUUGGGUCUUUGCACAAUGAAUAAAUUGAUUCAUUCAGAAAUUUGUAAUUAUCGUUAGCUCGAUAAGGUUUAUUUUAACUUUAAAAUCGUAUUUUUGCACCAGUUUUCAGGGAUGUGAAAGAAGCUGCUUUGCAUUAAUGAGGCUGUCUAAAUCGGGUUAAUUCCUGUACUUUUUUUACUGCUGAAGAAAUGCUUUAAGGAUGUAUUGGGAGUUGCAGCAUUUCUAGUGGUGGCCUACGUGGUUUAAAAGUCAGCUCCUUUAUCCCCAUUGCUGAACCCAGGGUUCAAAAAUCGAGGCUCCAUGAAGCAAGGAUUAAGCUUGGGUUGGUGGCUGGGGGAAAGAGGGACUAUUUCAGGUAGGGAAGAUUGUCAGCCAUUGUGCUUGAGCUGUUGAUUCUUGUAUUAUUUAACAAAUGUGUUUCACAUAAUUUCUGAGCAUGUCUAAGCUUGGUCCUGGAGAUCCAGCCAUGCUCCCAUUUAUGCCCAUGACAAUCAACCUGCAGCACAUUGGAGGCUCUUGGAAAGAAGCUCCAGGAAAUUUGGGCUCAGGGGUGUGCACAUUCUAUUGUUUAUCAUUGAAGUUUUUGAUUUGAUUGCAGUUGAAUUUCCACAAAGAACGUGGCUGGUUUGUAAUCAAGAUUGUUUAAUUUAAAACAAAUGAGAGAACGAUCCAUUGGUAGCAUUUAACUUAGGACAUAAUUAAAAGAAACUAUGUAAAAGUUGUUUGAAGCUCAGUUUGUAUCAAGAUUGCCCAUCAUCUAACCCUUUGUCAUUUAUUUGGGUCAAUUAUAUAACAAAAAAAAAGGUGCAGAGCACCAGGGCUGAAAUGAUCCAGGGAUAGGCUUGUCUACAGUUGUGUCCAACAGGACACUUGCAUCAAAAAUGUACAUGUGGUACAAGCCCACAUUAGCCCCCACGAAGAUAUGCUGCAUCUUCAACUUCUAUACUGUGCUUGAAUUUUAAAAAAAGAAAAAAAUGUUUUUUAAGCUUUUGUCUAUUGACUGAAUCUUGUUGUUAUUAUGUCAAACAAUGUGUAUAUAGUCUGGAAAAAAAAAGAAGCAUCUUAUUUACAGAAUGUCUGACCUCUUCCCUCCCUUUCUCCCUGUUCAUUGACCCUCCGGUCUUCAAUCUGCAUCUUUUCCAAAAGUGUCUACCUUACUGUGUAAUGGAUUCAGCUGUAAUUUUUUUUUUUGGUGGCAUGAACUUGGAUGAACUAUCUUCAGUGUAAAAUUCAAAAUCGGUGGUGGGGGGGGUAGGGACAAGAAAGACAUGUUAUGUUAUUUAUUUGUGAAACUGUCCGUUUGACAUCAUUGUGACAUUCUGACAUUCCAAACUGAACUCUUGUCUGAAUUAUUACUGUGCAUGUGGUCAUAUUUUAUUGCUUCUCUGAUUCUUUUGAAUCUUCUUAUCUGAUGUUCCUAUGAAUUCAAGUGUGGAGAUUCAAACAGACAUUAUCUCCUCUGGUGGAACACUUAGUAAAGGCAGCAUGAAACUAAGCCAUCCUUAGGAACAGGAGGAGACAUUUGAGUCCCUCAACUUUGUUCUGCCUCCUGUCAUUCAGUGAGGCAAGAUCAAUCCACCUAUUUAGGUCUGAUUGCCAUUCACUAGCAAAAUCCAUCCUUCCUAUUUAUGUAGAUUAAUUAAGAUAGCAUCUGCUACUUUCUUAAGGGGUUCCAAUUUAUUUCCUCCAAAUAGAAACAAUGGUUCCAUUUCCUGUUUCUGCAGAAUGACUUGAUCUGAGCCAGUAUGGCAGUUGAGACUCUUUGGCUUGGAAAAGGAACAAGCCAAAACCACCCCUUUGAAGUACUUUCCAGUGAUUGCCCUCUGGAAAGUAGAUUGUGGGUGUUGUAAAGAAUUGGGCUUGAUUGUGUAUCUUCCUGUCCUGGAUAUUAAGAGCGGCCACUUAGCUAAUUUAGUUGGGGGAUAUUAGCCCCUAAUGGAAGGGUAUCCCAGGAUUUUUUCAGAAGCGGAGAGAAAAGUGAAAGAAAAAGAUUUUGUAUACUUCCAUGUGAAAUAUGGCAUUUUAUCAUAAUAAUGCCUGCACCUUCCAAGCUAAAUGGAGUGCCUCACCAUUGGUUUUAUAAAGGUGGUAUUGAUGAGAUUUAUAUUUAUAAAGCACCUUAUCACGUUGACAAAUUUCAAAGAACUUUACCAAAUUGAUGACUGUUGGAGCACAGUGACUCAUGAAUGCAAUUGUCAGUUUUGUGUACUGAAUUAGAAGAGUAUUCUGUCUGCAGCUAGCAGGGGUGAAAAUGUAAUCUUUUAAAGCGUUAGGCUGCCUGCAAUGCAAUUCCUCAACUUGGUCCAUGGAUCACUUGCGCUGCCUAUUAAUUUAGGCGGCAACAAUCCUGCUUAAAAUGAUUACCGGGCCACAUUUCGAUAAAAGUAAGUGCUAAUCUAAUUGGUAUAGUGGAUACUAUUCUCCCUCAGUUAAAAUUGAAGUGUUAUUACAUACAAGCUCCUUCCACAUUUGUCCCACAACUGUUAGUCUACUUGUUUGUUGAAACUCAUCUACAUUUGUUGUGUACUUCGUUUCAGAAUUUAAAUGCUGCACCAUUCAUCACAUCAAUGUUUCUUAUUUCAAUCUUAAGCAGAAUGAGUUGAAAUCCUUUUUUCAGUAUCUUCCAUGUUAGCACAAAUGCAACACCAUAGUUUCCAUUUUGUUGAGCUGUAUAUUUCAAUAAAUCAUUUCAUAUUUUUUCA